AUGUCAAAAACACUCGUCGCUCCCCUCCAGCUGGUGCAGGCAGACGAGAUGCUCGCGGAGGCGGCGGCAUCCUUCCUCCCCGAGGUACCGCUGCCCUCGUCCGAGCUGAGCGUCCUGCUCGCGGUGGGGAUAGCGGCGGUGUCCGGCGCGAUCGUGCGACAACACACCCUGCGCAUCUUCGUCGUGGGGGCCACGCUCGUUCUCACAGCAGUCGUCGGGCAGGUCACGGGCCCGCGCGCGGCCUCGGCGUGGCUAGCGACGAUGGGAGUGGGCGCCGUCAUGAUUGCCUACUCUGCGUUGCACGCCCAGCGCGCGCGGCUUGCAGGGCCGAGCCGCAGCGAGCGGUCGCAAGCCAAGAUCGAGGGCGGCACCGGACACAGCGGCGACAGUCUUUCGCCGCGCGAGAGGCCCAGUUUGGCCGCGCAGGCACCGCAGUGGGACGCUCGAAUCUUGGGUGUGCUCCGCGGCGCCGCCGUGUCGCUGGCUGACGGGCGCGCGGUGCGGCCGGAGGAAGCCCUGCGGCUCCACGACAGCCUCGAGGUCAAGUACCAGGCGCUCACGGAUAGCUCUCACCGCCGCAGCGCGCCUGGCUCCCUCGGCCGCCCCUCCACGGACCUGGACGGGCCCCCGCAGCCGUCCGCGACGGCCUACAUCGACGUCGCGAACCUCUCUUCGUUCCAGAGGGACGCGAAGGACUUCGACGCGCGGCAGCAUCGCGGGGACUUGCGCGGCGCGCACGGCGCGCAGCGACACCGCGCCGGGGGCGAGCAGGACGCGCCGGGUCGCGUCAUCCGCCCGCGCCGCGGCACCGUCGGCCCCGCGCCCAGCCGCUUCGCCCCCAUCCUCGGCCGCCUCACGGGCAGCUCGCGCGCGUCCUCGGACCUCGGCCUGCGCCCUGACGCCAAGUCUCAGGUGCUGUGGGGGGGUAAACUGGACGCCGCCGGCGUGUCCGCGGGCGGGAAGCCGAAGCACUGCUUCGCGCUGCUCCUCAACGGCGGCGUCGACCUCGCCAUGCUCCCCUGGUACCUCUGGGUCCUACUCACGGACCCUGCGCCCGGGUCGCGGAUCGUGGUGCUCACGAUGACGCUGGACGGCCUGGCCAGCAUCGCCGCGUUCUACGUCACGCUGUGGUGCGGCUGCGCGGCGACGAGGACCUCGCGGCUCCUGCGGAACGCCGCGCUCCUCUGCGCCACGGCCGCCACGUGCGCCACCGUGACGGUGAUGCGCCAGUACCGGUGGCCCGUGCCGUCGAGCGUGCUCUUUCCGCAGACCGCGUACCUGUGCCUGCUCACGAUGUACAACGCGCACGUCGUCGACGACGCGCUGUACGCCACGCUGUCGAUCGUGAUGACCACGGCGGUGGCCUUGGCCAACCAGACGGUGGACUUGGUGUACGACGCCGCGACGGUGCCGCCGAGCUCGCCGCUGGCAGCGCUGCGGAUGGUUCUGGACGGCGCCGCGGCCGUGCCGCCACGGGAGCUCGUGCUCGCGGCGGCGCCGCUGGUUGCGCCCGGCGUGGCCGCGCUGCUGCUGAUGAGCGCGGCGCCGCUGUGGCACAGCGCGGGCAUCGCCGCGAUGAUCUUCGUCGCGCAGAUCCUCAAGGAGGUCGUCGGGAUGGCGGUGCUCGGGCAGGCCCCCGUUGCGUCGGGAAUCAACGUGUGUCUGUCGGUGGUGGUGUUCGCGUGCGGGUACAAGAUGCACUGCCUGCAGCAGGAGCACGAGUCGGUCAUCCUCGAAAUCUACCCACCCGAGGUCGCGCGCGCCAUCGCGGACGCCAAUGCGCAGCACCUCGCGACCAUCCGCCAGGUCAUGAGCGGCGACGAGGCCGCCGUCGCCUCGCUGCACGGCGCGCUCCCCUUCACGCGCUACCACGACAACGUCACCAUCAUGUUCCUCGACGUCGUCGGCUUCACGCCCAUGUCGGAGCGCAACGGACCGGAUCCGAUCCUGCGGAUGCUGCACAAGCUCUUUUGCACCCUCGAUGCUGCGGUGCUGUCGCAGGGCGCGCGCACGAGCGCGCUCGAGGGCGCCGCGAGCGGCGGGCGCUGGAAGGACCGGCGGCGGGAGGCCGUGUUCCGCGAGGCGCAGGUGCUCAAGAUGGACACGAUUGGCGACGCGUACAUCGUCGCCGCGGGGCUGCAUGCGGAGCCGCAGCACGCGGACGCGGUGGUGCGCUUUGCGGUGCGGGCGGCGGGGCUCGCGCAGGGCGUGAUGCAGCCCGACGGGGGGCCGCUCGAGGUGCGGGUCGGGGUGCAUUCGGGGGCGGCGGUGGCGGGCGUGGCAGGACUGGUCGGCAAGCGCCUGAGCUUGUUCGGCGACACAGUGAACACCGCGAGCCGCAUGGAGACGACGGCGAAGGCGAACCACGUUCAGAUCUCGGCCACGACGUUCCAGAUGCUCACGGACGUGAGCCUGCAGAGUUUGUUCAAGCCCAAUCGCAACCACGUGCACGUCAAGGGGAAGGGCGUGAUGGUGACGUACCUGACGCGGGCGCCGCCGAUGCAGCCCUCGCAGACGAGCAUCACGUCGGGCUCCAAGGGCGAGCGGCGGCGCGUCUCGCUCGUUCCCGCGGACACUCCCCCCCCCUGA